GCCCCAGUUUGUCCUUUUCUCCGUCCUGCCGCUACCCAACGCCCUCUUGCCGCCCAGCAUGGCCCUGCUGCACUCCGGCCGCGUCCUCUCCGGGGUCGCCACCGCCUUCCAUCCAGGCCUCGCCGCCGCCGCCGCCUCUACCAGAGCCAACUCCUGGUGGGCCCAUGUGGAAAUGGGACCCCCAGAUCCCAUCCUGGGAGUCACCGAAGCCUUUAAAAGGGACACCAACAGCAAAAAGAUGAAUCUGGGAGUUGGUGCCUACCGGGAUGACAACGGAAAGCCUUAUGUGCUCCCUAGUGUCCGGAAGGCAGAAGCUCAGAUUGCUGCAAAAAAUUUUGACAAGGAAUACCUGCCCAUUGGAGGACUGGCUGAAUUCUGCAAGGCAUCUGCAGAACUGGCGCUGGGUGAGAACAGCGAAGUGUUUAAAAGUGGCCGGUUUGUCACUGUACAGACCAUUUCUGGAACUGGAGCCUUAAGGAUCGGAGCCAGUUUUCUGCAAAGAUUUUUUAAGUUCAGCCGAGAUGUCUUCCUGCCCAAACCAUCCUGGGGCAAUCACACACCCAUCUUCAGGGAUGCUGGCAUGCAGCUACAAGGUUAUCGAUACUACGAUCCUAAGACUUGUGGUUUUGACUUCUCAGGCGCCAUGGAUGACAUUUCGAAAAUUCCAGAGAAAAGUGUUCUUCUCCUGCAUGCCUGUGCCCAUAAUCCCACAGGAGUGGACCCUCGCCAAGAGCAGUGGAAGGAGAUCGCAGCAGUGGUGAAGAAAAAGAAUCUCUUUGCUUUCUUUGACAUGGCCUACCAAGGCUUUGCUAGCGGUGAUGGUAACAAGGAUGCCUGGGCUGUGCGCCACUUCAUCGAACAAGGCAUUAAUGUUUGUCUCUGCCAAUCAUACGCCAAGAACAUGGGCUUAUAUGGUGAGCGUGUGGGAGCCUUUACUGUGGUCUGCAAAGAUACUGAUGAAGCCAAAAGGGUAGAGUCACAGUUGAAGAUCUUGAUCCGUCCCAUGUAUUCCAAUCCUCCUCUCAAUGGGGCCCGGAUAGCCUCUACCAUUCUGAACACCCCCGAUUUGCGAAAGCAAUGGUUGCAGGAAGUGAAAGGCAUGGCCGAUCGCAUCAUUAGCAUGCGCACUCAACUGGUCUCCAACCUCAAGAAGGAGGGUUCCUCCCACAACUGGCAACACAUCACUGACCAGAUUGGCAUGUUUUGUUUCACAGGGCUAAAGCCUGAACAGGUGGAGCGGCUGACCAAGGAGUUCUCCAUCUACAUGACAAAGGAUGGCCGCAUCUCUGUGGCAGGGGUCACCUCUGGCAAUGUGGGCUACCUGGCCCAUGCCAUUCACCAGGUCACCAAGUAAUUUUCCUGGUGCAAGGGAACAGAGACAACCUUUCUGUCUUCAGCCUCUGCUAUUGUGAGAUUCACACUGAGGAUGAGGGAGGGUAGAUGGUGGUGAGUGGAUCAUUUCUUUCAACCACAGUGUUUAACUCAGCAAUUGAAUAAUGUGUUUCUUAGAAAAGAACAUGUAGUGAAAUAGGACAGAGGCAUCUGUGGUGGCAUCUGGAACUUUGUGGCUCUAAACCAAACAUUUCCCCCUCAUCGUUUUGUAUCCAGCUUUUCCGAAAGUUUACAUGUGCAAGAAAGUCAUAGCACCAAAAAACUCAACCAUGCCAUUGACAUUUUUCAGAAGCUUUAUCUAAGGUACCCAAUGGUGUUAGAGGUCAUUCUGUGAAUCAGUCUUAUGAAAUAGCACACAUUAGAGACUUUGAGAGAAGACCUAGUUCUAUUAUUAACAAUCAGCCUCAUGUUGUUGCUCCUAUAACAGCUACUUUGUCAAUAGACCAUAUUUUCAGAAAUUGUGUUUUAUGAAAACCAAUGAGUCUGCUGCCACUGCAGCAGAAAAAAAUAAUACUACACUGUUUUCUAUCUUAUUUAAGGAAAAAAGAGAUGGCUCUCUUCUCCCUUAUCAUUACUGUUCUUUUCUUUAAGCACAAAGAUCUUUGACCUGAAUUUUAAUCCCCUUAUAUGGCUUAAUUAACCAUCACCCCCAUUCUAUCAGGAUUUAUUUAAGAAUGAAGAGUAUAACUUACUGCUCAUGCCCAUACCCUCUCCCCUUUUUCAGCAAAGACUAGUGGAAAGUAGGUGACUGCACUUUAUUUCAGCAUCCUCUUCAAUGAUUGUGUAAUUUGUCUCCUAUCGGGAUGUUGCCUCUGCCCACUUGGACAUCUAACCUUCAUUCAGUGUGGUUGUGCAGUUAUUCAUCUCAUAUCAUGUCAGGCAGGAGGCUGUUCUGAUUUUGUGUGCUGCCAGCUUUGGAAAGAUAACCACCAUCUGCUCUAAUCAUGUAGACUUAUUGCAGCCUCGUUUCUCUGUUAUAAUAAAAUACUGUAGACCCCGA